AUGGGAGGGAACCAGACAUGGGUCACAGAAUUCAUCCUGAUGGGAUUCCAGCUCAGUGCGGACAUGGAGGUGCUCCUCUUCUGGGUCUGCUUGCUGUUUUAUGCCUUCGGUCUGCUGGCAAAUGGGACGAUCUUAGGACUAAUUUGUCUGGACCUCAGACUGCACACCCCCAUGUACUUUUUUCUCUCACAUCUGGCUGUCAUUGACAUGUCCUAUGCUUCCAACAAUGUCCCUAAUAUGCUGGUAAAUCUACUAAACCAGAAAAGAACCAUCUCCUUUGUUCCAUGCAUAAUGCAGACAUUCUUGUAUUUGGCUUUUGCUCACACAGAAUGUCUGAUUUUGGUGGUGAUGUCCUAUGACAGGUUUGUGGCCAUCUGCCACCCUCUUCAAUACACUGGCAUCAUGAGCUGGAGAGUGUGCACGGUCCUUGCUGUCACUUCCUGGACAUGUGGAUUUAUCCUAGCUCUGGUACAUGCAAUGCUCCUCUUAAGGUUGCCCUUCUGUGGGCCCCAGAAGGUGAACCAACUAUUCUGUGAAAUUCUAUCUGUCCUCAAGCUGGCCUGUGCUGAUCCCUGGAUCAACCAAGUGGUCAUCUUAGCAGCCUGUGUGUUUGUGUUAGUCGGGCCCCUUUGCUUGGUUCUGGUCUCUUAUACUAGCAUCCUCUGGACCAUCCUGAAGAUCCAGUCCAAGGAGGGCCGCAUAAAGGCCUUCUCCACCUGUUCCUCCCACCUCUGUGUGGUUGGGCUCUUCUUUGGCACUGCCAUGGUGGUUUAUAUGGUCCCAGACUACAGUCAACGAAAGGAACAAGAGAAAAUGCUGUCCCUCUUUUACAGCCUCUUCAACCCUAUGUUGAAUCCCCUCAUCUACAGCCUGAGGAAUGCUCAGGUGAAGGGUGCUUUGUACAGAGCACUGCAGAAGAGGAUGUGA